AAUACAAUGAGCAUGCAAGCAAAGAGCCAUGAAUUUAGCUUUAUCACUUGAUUUCACCUCUUGACACUAUUUACAGCUGUUUUCUGUUUGUACAUGCUGUCUUUUCCAGUACCACGCUGAGUAUUGUUAUCCCGAUAGUUCUUUCGUAUCAGUCCGUGUGUAUUCCUGGGCGAAUGUGCUCGUGUGGUCUCAGGAGUUGCGGAGGUCACGGCUCUGGGACAGCCAUUUCAUCGCCCAAUGCUGCAGGAAAAAAGCAAUGAAAGUGCCGUUAAUGUUUUGCACGGCGAGCUGCUGAACACUAACCGGUCUCACACCAUUACCAUCACCUUGCCCUUGUGAAGGCACAUAUGGAUAAGGUUCUCAAAGCUGAUAGAAGAUUGAAACCACUCUCGUCCUGUGACGAUGAACCUACCCCGGAAGAGAGAGCCCAGAGAAUUGCCAAAGCUGUCCGCAAACAGUCAACAGAAGUGAAGGAAAAUUGGGAGCAAUUGAAAACCCGUGCGAGCAACUGGCAGAAACAGGUGGAAAAGGCGUUGGAGAAACUUCAAGAAGUGCAGAAAGCUCUGGAUGAUCUUGAGGCUCAUGUGAUAACAGCUGAGGGGGUCCACACUGAUUGGCAACCUGUGGGUGACCUGCUUAUUGACUCAUUGCAGGAUCACAUUGAUAAAACCACACAGCUUUCCUGGAGCAAGUCUGUUUUCCUUCGGAUGAGACGACUUUCAGACAUACUCCCUUUAUUAUGAGAUUUAAUUGCGGUAAAAUGAGGAGGAUUUUUAUUCACUGAGACACACAUGACUAUAUGUUUACAACAUUGGAAAAUGCAUUCUGUUCGGACUGUCAUGUUAGCUGGUGUUUGUACCAGGCUUUCCGAUUAAAUGCAAGUGAUUAAGGAUGCUAAUGAUGCCACAUGUUAUUACAAGAGGAAAUGAACAUACAAGUAAGGAUUUUAUGCCACAUUUAUACAUAGCAUGGACCAUGCAGCAUGGAUGCAGUGACUGAGUGAAAUGGGAUGCAGUGACUGAGUGAAAUGGGAUGCAGUGACUGAGUGAAAUGGGAUGCAGUGACUGAGUGAAAUGGGAUGCAGUGACUGAGUGAAAUGGGAUGCAGUGACUGAGUGAAAUGGGAUGCAGUGACUGAGUGAAAUGGGAUGCAGUGACUGAGUGAAAUGGGAUGCAGUGACUGAGUGAAAUGGGAUGCAGUGACUGAGGGAAAUGGGAUGCAGUGACUGAGGGAAAUGCACACAGCGAAUUGCCCCCUCCAUCCUGACCCGCUCACAGCGACUUGCCCCUCCAGUCCAGACCCACGCACAGUGACUAGCCCCUGCAGUCCUGACCCGCUCACAGCGACUUUCCCCCUCACUCCUGACCCGCUCACAGUGACUAGACCCUGCAGUCCUGACCUGCUCACAGCAACUUCUCUCUGCAGACCUGACCCACUCACAGCGAAUUACCCCUGCAGUCCUGACCCGCACAUUGCGACUUGCCCCUGCAGUCCUGACCCCCUCACAGUGACUCGCCCCUUCAGUCCUGUCCCAAUCACAAGGACUUGCCCUCUCCGUCCUUACCCGCUCACGGUGACUUACCCCUGCAGUCCUGACCCCCUCACAGUGACCUGCCCCCUCACUCCUGACCCGCUCUACAUUGAGGAAACCAAGCAGAGGCUUGGGGACCGCUUUGCAGAACACCUCCACUCGGUUCGCAACAAACAACUGCACUUCCCAGUUGCGAACCAUUUUAACUCCCCCUCCCAUUCCUUCGACAACAUGUCCAUCAUGGGCCUCCUGCAGUGCCACAAUAAUGCCACCCGAAGGUUGCAAGAACAGCAACUCAUAAUCCGCUUGGGAACCCUGCAACCCAAUGGUAUCAAUGUGGACUUCACCAGCUUCAAAAUCUCCCCUUCCCCAACUGCAUCCCAAAACCAGCCCAGUUCUUCCCCUCCCAUUACUGCAUCACAAAACCAGCCCAGCUGUUCCCUUCCCCCGACUGCAUCCCAAAACCAGCCCAGCCUGUCUCCGCCUCCCUAACAUGUUGUUCCUCUCACCCAUCCCUUCCUCCCACCUCAAGCCACACCUCCAUUUCCUACCUACCACCUCAUCCUGCCUCCUUGACCUGUCCGUCUUCCCUGGACUGACCUAUCCCCUCCCUACCUCCUCACCUGUACUCUCCUCUCUACCUAUCUUGUUUUCUCUCCAUCUUCGGUCCGCAUCCCCCCCCCUCCCUAUUUAUUCCAGUUCCCUCUCCCAUCCCCCUCUCUGAUGAAGGGUCUAGGCCCGAAAUGUCAGCUUUUGUGCUCCUGAGAUGCUGCUUGGCCUGCUGUGUUCAUCCAGCUCCACACUUUGUUAUCUUGGAUUCUCCAGCAUCUGCAGUUCCCAUAAUCAGUGGCAUUUUCCUCUUCAUCAAAGUUUGUGCAAAAGCAACCCGAUAUGGGGGGGCACGGUGGCUCAGCGGUUAGCACUGCAGCCUCACAGCACUGGGGACCCAGGUUCAAUUCCAGCCUCAGGCAACUGUCUGUGUGGAAUUUGCACCUUGUCCCUGUGUCUGCGUGGGUUUCCUCCAGGUGCUCCGGUCUCCUCCCACAGUCCAAAGAUGUGCACGCUAGGUGGAUUGGCCAUGCUAAAUUGCCCAUAGUGUUCAGGGGCGUGGGUCUGGGUGGGAUGCUCCAAGGUUUGGUGUGCACUUGUUGGGCCAAAGGGCCUGUUUCCACACUGUAGGGAAUCUAAACAAUCCUGUUCCCACAUCUCCAUGUUAUAACCCUGCUGAUCACUGCACACAGAGAUGUUUGAUAACAAAAGAAUAACAAUAAUAUUCAAACCCAGUGCUGGAGAUGUAUUUUAAAUACACUGAGGCCAGUGUCGAUCUCCAAUUCAACUUUUAUUUACAAAUGAACUGUCUUCAACUUUAGCACUGCCUCAUUCAGAGAUAGUUGCCAGGGUGUCAGAAUCUCUGACCCUCACACUUCUUAUCUGUCAGCCAGGGCUCCCUGAUUUGGGCUGUUAAUAUGGAACAAUCAGGCAACUCAUAUUCUGUGAGGUUCAACUGGCCGACCUGGUCACAAACCAGUGCGGUGUGUUCAUCGAAAAUCAAACGUACUAGAAAGAUACCAUUCCAUACCAGUGUAAAGGAAGGCAUGAGGCUAAACUGGGGAGGGAAAGGAACUGCUUAUUGGGGGUGGCCCAGAGAGUGGAAGAAAAUCGAAUGGGAAGAAGACCAUUUGCGACUGAGGGAGAGAGAUGUAAUUGCCUGAAUGAGGCAUUCCAAUUGCAAAAUGGAUUUUUGUGGGAACACCAUGUUCAGUUUCCUCGAUCUUAAUCUGUACUCCUCUUUAAAUCAUUAGUAUCUGAAAUUUCUGUAUCAUUUCCAAAUGUUCUGUCUCUAAUGUUAUGCUGUUGGAAUUGGUUGAACUGCAGAGAUAUCAUUUAUUUGCACAAAUGUGUUCAGUGAAAUGAGUUGCAUGCUAUAUAUGUAUUAUUCUUCCUGAUUCUAUUGUACGCAUACAAAUUAAAGUUAG